AUGACAGCUUCCAUUCUGCUAAAGCAUGCGUCCACUGACCUGUCGGGAAGCGUUUUUCUCAUCGAUGGUGCCGGGAAAAUUUUAAGCCUACCAAUACCCUCUCGCUCUACUCGAGACCCACUGAAUUGGAGCACUCGGAAAAGAGGAUUUGCUAUCUUCAGUUUGAUCUUCUUUGCGACCGUUGGUCUCACACAGUUACUUGGUCUGAGUCUGGUAUAUACCAGCAUUGCAAGAGAAUAUUCAACCGCCGUAUCUCCCUUUCGUCUAGAAUGGUAUAUGACAGCACCGUCAUUGGCGAUGGGUCUCGGAGGUUUCUUAUGGGUUCCUCUCUCCCUCGCCAUUGGUCGUAGACCCGUUUUCUUGCUCACAUCCUCGAUUUUGGCGGUGGCAACAAUAUGGGCAUCAUUCACAACAAGCUUUCAGCAGAUAUUGGCCGCAGUAUGUUUACAAGGACUGGCAGUGUCUUUGAGGUUUAGUAGCAUGCUUCUGAUGAUCAUCGAUUUAACCUUCAUCUAUCAACGCCCUCAAGCUAUCGCCAUGGUCUGGUCUCUCGUCACGAUCUUCCCCCUUGCCUUUCAAGUUGGAAUUCCCGCCAUUAUCCAAGUCGAAUGGAGAACGUUUUAUCGCAUGAUGAUUGUCCCAUGUGGCGCUGCGUUUCUCCUCGCCUUCUUCUGCUACCCAGAAACAUAUUUCUACAGACCAGCCAUCGCUUUCAAUGGACACGUCCUCGUGCAAAGCGCUACAGAGAAGAUCCAGAUAUAUGAGGGCUGGGAAGAAGUCCCAGGGGGUAAACCAUUACCCAACCAACCCUUCCAAUCUCGAUGGAGGAGAUGGAUGAGCGAAUACAACUUUCUAACGAAAAUGCCUGGAGGGUGGAGGAAUAUGGGCGUUUGCUACAUUCAAAUCGUCAUGGCUCUGACUAAUCCGCUUAUCGUCUGGGUUGCAUUGCUGAAUCUACUCAUCUUCGGUGGAACCAUUGUCAUCUUAACAACCUACGCAAGUCUUCUAGUACAUCCACCGUACGCUUUCUCGCUCCUACACGCGUCACUCAGCAACCUCGCUAUCGUCAUUGGUGCCCUUCUCGCGUGGCCAGCUGCGGGAAUCAUGACCACUCAGCUUUGUCACCGCCUCGUCAUGCGCAAUGGAGGAGUUCGGGACGCGGAGCACUACCUCCCAGCCUUCAUCCUGCCGAUUUUGUCCGCCCCGGCAAGUCUAGUUAUCUAUGGGUUCGCAGGAGAACGGGGGUGGCACUGGUUUUGGAUCUUCUUCUCUAUGGGCUUGAAUUCCUUUGCGUGUGUUACAUUGUUCACUGUCACUACUCUCUGGGUCACAGAAGCCUUUCCCCGUUGGGCAGCUCCCGCAAUGGUCAUUGUUGGCAGUGGAAGCUACGCAGCCAGUUUCGCUUUAAGUUUUGUCAUGACGCCACGGCUAGAGUCGCAGGGCUUUGCCAGAACAAUGUGCCUCAUUGGGAUCCUGAUCUUCGGCGUUGGAUCGUUUGCAUUCCCAGUGGCGAUGUGGGGACGGAGAUACAGAUAUUACGUCUAUGGAAAGUGGGCAUUGCAUGAAGGCGGCUCGCUGCGGCCGCAGGUUAGAGAUAUGGAGGUAUGA